GUUAUAACCUUGAAUAAUUUUUGACAGUUUAAGCUUAACCUCUCAAAUCCUUUGACACAAUAUUAUUUUUCUCCAAAAUGUUGCUCUCCAGGGGCGCCCCCCUUCUCAGGGCGACUAAACUCCUCCAACAAAGCACACCUAAAAACCUACAAUCGGUGCGAAACUCCUCUCAUGUGUGGAAUUACCGUUGUCGGGGGCCCGAACCCCCAAAAAUGAUGGUAUACUUAGCUGAAGGGAUACAAGGGGUUGCUUGGUGGUGGGUUUUGUGGCAUUUGUGGACGGAACCUGGCCAUAUUUUGGGCGAAUUUGAUUAUCCUGACCCUCGGAAAUGGUCGGAUGAGGAACUGGGAAUUCCACCAAAGGAAUAAUUUGUAUAAAUGUCUUGUAGUUGAUUGUUUAUUAAUUAAUUAAAUUGAAAUAAAACAGAA